AUGUCUUGGGCUGCCAUUCGAUGCCCUGCCCUGCAAUCGCUCCUUGCGGGUUGCUCCCCCCUCUUGGCCCCUCCCCGGCCAAGCACCAAGCAUCUCUUCGUGCCAUCGUGGGCAUGCCGCACGCCGCACGUCGCACCGUCGCACGCACCAAGCUGGGCCCUGCACUGA